AAGUGCCUGCUGCCUCUUCAGUUGGCUUUGGAAUCUAAGAAUGUGAAGCUGGCCCAACAUGCGUUGGCAGGAAUACAGAGGCUUCUGUCAGAAGAGAGGUUUGUAUCCAUGGAAACAGAUUCAGAUGAGAGGCAGCUGCUCAAUCAGAUCCUGAAUGCUGUGAAAGUGACGCCUUCCCUCAAUGAAGACCUGCAGGUGGAAGUGAUGAAGGUUUUACUCUGCAUCACUUACACCCCGAUGUUUGACCUGAAUGGGAGUGCAGUGCUGAAGAUUGCAGAGACACUGCAGAGGUCAGAGCCAGGAGUCACAGAGCCCUCCUGCACUGACCAAGAAGCCACCAAUAAGAACACCCUGGAAGAACCUCCUCCUGCUAAGAAUAAGGGACCUUUAUCCUUUGGGCAUGACUACAACUCAGCAUAUUUCUAUGCUGCAGAAGCUACAGUUUCAGCCUCCCCAUGGCCAUUCCCUCUCAGAUUGUGUUUAGCAUGCCGUAAAACUGGAUGUCCACAAAUGCAUGAAAUGAUCAAAAUAUCCAUUACGAAACUUCUCACUGCCCUGUGUCUUCGCGUGUUCCCUGUUGAUCAGGGGCCUGUCGCUUUGCACAAGGUGUGCAUUGAAACUUACAUAUGUAGCUGUCACCAGCGUAGUAUAAACACUGCUGUGCGAGCAACUCUCAGUCAAAUGCUGAGUGACUUGACUUUACAGUUACGACAAAGGCAGGAGAAUACGAUCAUUGAAAACCCAGAUAUCCCACAGGAUUUCAGGAGUCAAGGGUUGACAGUAGAGGCCCUCUGUGAUGACCUUGUCUCUGUGCUCACUGUUCUGUGUGAGAAGCUACAAGCUGCCAUCAGUGACAGUCAGCAGCUGCAGCUUUUGUAUUUGGAGUGCAUUCUGUCAGUCCUCACCAGCUCCUCCUCCUCCAUGCACCUGCACAGAGGCUUCACAGACCUGAUCUGGAAAAACCUCUGCCCUGCCCUCAUCGUGAUCCUGGGGAAUCCAAUUCAUGACAAAAGCAUCACCUCUGCUCACAGCAGCAGCACAGGCACAAGCAUUGAGUCAGACUCUGCCUCUCCAGGGGUCUCUGACCAUGGCCGAGGGUCGGGUUGUUCCUCUGUUGCACCAGCCCUGAGCAGUCCUGUGGCUCGGACUAUUUACUACAUUGCAGCUGAGCUGGUACGGCUAGUGGGGUCAGUGGACUCCAUGAAGCCAGUGCUCCAGUCUCUCUAUCACCGGGUGCUGUUGUAUCCUCCACCCCAGCACAGAGUAGAAGCCAUCAAAAUAAUGAAGGAGCUACUUGGGAACCCACAGCGUCUCUGUGAUAUGGCAGGACCUAGCUCCACCGAAUCAGAAUCCAGAAAAAGAUCAAUUUCAAAAAGAAAGUCUCAUCUGGAUCUUCUCAAACUGAUCAUGGAUGGCAUGACUGAAGCAUGCAUCAAGGGUGGCAUUGAAGCCUGCUAUGCUGCUGUGUCUUGUGUCUGUACCUUACUCGGGGCUUUAGAUGAGCUCAGUCAGGGUAAGGGCUUGAGUGAAAUUCAGGUUCAGCUGUUGCUUCUACGCCUUGAGGAGCUGAAGGAUGGAGGAGAGUUAAGCCGAGACUCCAUGGAAAUCAAUGAGGCUGACUUCCGCUGGCAGCGGCGAAUCUUGUCCUCAGAACAUACUCCUUGGGAGGCAGGAAAUGAGAGGAGCCCUGAUAUCAGCAUUAGUGUGACCACUGACACAGGCCAGACUACUCUGGAAGGAGAAUUAGGUCAGACAACACCAGAGGACCACUCUGAAAACCACAAGAACAGUCUCAAGUCACCAGCCAUCCAGGAGACCAAGGAGACUUUGAGUAAAGCAUCAGAACCAGAAGCAAUAGAUCAACCAGAUGUAGUUCAACGAAGCCACAUGGUUGCCUACCCUGAUAUAACUAACUUCCUAUCAGUAGACUGCAGGAUGCGGUCCUACGGAUCUAGAUAUAGUGAGAGUAAUUUUAGUGUUGAUGACCAAGACCUUUCUCGGACAGAAUUUGACUCCUGUGACCAGUAUUCAAUGGCAGCAGAAAAGGAUUCAGGGAGAUCUGAUGUGUCAGACAUUGGGUCAGACAACUGUUCACUAGCUGAUGAAGAGCAGAACCUUCAGGAUCGCCACCGGUCCCUGCGAUCUGCUGCUCUGUCUUUGAAACUGCUGAAAAACCAGGAAGCUGAUCAGCACAGUGCCAGGCUGUUUGUACAGUCCCUAGAGAGCCUCCUUCCUCGCCUGCUGGCUCUUCCCAGUGUGCAAGAAGUGGAUUCAGCUCUCCAGAACUUUGCUUCCACAUUCUGCUCAGGCAUGAUGCACUCCCCUGGGUUUGAUGGCAACAGCAGCCUCAGCUUGCAGAUACUAAUUAAUGCAGACAGUCUGUACACGGCUGCAUACUGUGCUCUGCUCCUCAACCUGAAGCUCUCCCAUGGUGACUACUACAGGAAGCGGCCCCCACUGGCAUCUAGUAUGAUGAAAGAAUUUACAAAGCAGGUCCAGACCAGCGGGGUGCUGAUGGUCUUCUCCCAGGCCUGGAUUGAGGAGCUCUACCAUCAGGUGCUUGAGAGAAACAUGCUUGGAGAAGCUGGCUACUGGGGCAGUCUAGAAGAUAACAGUCUUCCUCUCAUCACCAUGUUGACUGAUAUCGAUGGCUUAGAAAGCAGUGCAAUUGGGGGGCAAUUGAUGGCCUCAGCUUCCACAGAGUCUCCUUUUACCCAAGGGAGGAGAAUUGAUGACUCCACAGUGGCAGGUGUGGCAUUUGCUCGCUAUAUUCUGGUUGGCUGCUGGAAAAACUUGAUUGAUACUUUAUCAACCCCUUUGACUGGCCGAAUGGCAGGAAGCUCCAAAGGGCUGGCCUUCAUCCUAGGAGCGGAAGGCAUCAAAGAGCAGAACCAAAAAGAACGUGAUGCCAUCUGCAUGAGCCUUGAUGGGCUACGGAAAGCUGCACGACUGAGCUGUGCACUAGGAGUUGCAGCUAAUUGUGCCUCAGCCCUUGCCCAAAUGGCAGCUGCCUCCUGUGUCCAGGAAGAGAAAGAGGAAAAGGAAGUUCAAGAACCUAAUGAUGCCAUAGCACAAGUGAAACUAAAAGUGGAGCAGAAACUGGAGCAGAUUGGGAAGCUGCAGGGAGUAUGGCUGCACACAGCCCAUGUCUUAUGCAUGGACGCCAUCCUCAGUGUGGGCUUAGAAAUGGGAAGCCACAACCCAGACUGCUGGCCUCAUGUGUUCAGGGUGUGUGAGUAUGUGGGCACACUAGAGCAUACCCAUUUCAGCGAUGGCACUACUCAGCCUGCUCUGACCAUCAGCCAGCCUUCAAAGGCGUCUGGAAGCUCUGGACUGCUUGGAGACCUGGAGUGUGAAGAUUUAUCUCAUGAGCAGAACCAGGAGCAAGAACGUUCCCUGAGCUCGGCCCCUGUCAUCCAGCCCCUUUCCAUCCAAGAACUCAUUAGGGAAGGUGGCCGGGGCCGGACCUCUGAUUUCCGUGGAGGCAGCCUCAUGACUGGAAGUAGUGCUGCCAAGGCAGUGCUCACACUCUCCACACAGGCUGACAGGCUCUUUGAAGAUGCUACGGAUAAGCUGAACCUAAUAGCCUUAGGAAGUUUUCUUUACCAGCUGAAGAAAGCAUCACAGUCCCAGCUUUUCCAUUCUGUUACAGAUACUGUCGAUUACUCCUUGGUAAUGCCAGGAGAAGUUAAAUCCACCCAAGACCGAAAAAGUGCCCUUCAUCUGUUCCGCCUCGGGGAUGCCAUGCUAAGGAUUGUAAGGGGCAAAUCUAGGCCCCUCUUCCAUGUGCUUCGCUGCUGGAGCCUCGUGGCACCUCACCUAGUGGAGGCUGCCUGCCAUAAGGAAAGACAUGUGUCUCAGAAAGCUGUUUCCUUCAUUCAUGAUAUACUGACAGAGGUUCUCACUGACUGGAAUGAGCCCCCUCAUUUUCACUUUAAUGAAGCACUCUUCCGACCAUUUGAGCGUAUUAUGCGGCUGGAGUUGUGUGAUGAGGAUGUCCAAGACCAGGUCAUCACCUCUAUUGGUGAGCUGGUUGAAGUGUGUUCCACCCAAAUCCAAUCAGGAUGGAGGCCUUUGUUCAGUGCCCUUGAGACGGUGCACACUGGGAACAAGUGUGAGGUGAAGGAAUACCUGGUUGGUGAUUAUUCCAUGGGAAAAGUCCAAGCUCCUGUGUUUGAUGUAUUUGAAGCUUUUCUCAAUACUGACAAUAUCCAGGUGUUCGCCAAUGCAGCCACUAGCUACAUCAUGUGCCUUAUGAAAUUUGUCAAAGGGCUGGGUGAGGUAGACUGCAAAGAGAUCGGAGAUUGUGUUCCAGCACCAGGAACCACAUUCCCAGACUUGUGCCUGCCUGCCCUAGAUUACCUCAGGCGCUGUUCUCAGCUACUGGCAAAAAUCUACAAAAUGCCCUUGAAACCAAUAUUCCUUAGUGGGAGACUUGCUAGCUUGCCUCGAAGACUUCAGGAACAGUCAGCAAGCAGUGAGGAUGGAAUUGAGUCAGUCCUGUCGGAUUUUGAUGAUGAUACUGGUCUGAUAGAAGUCUGGAUCAUCCUGCUGGAACAGCUAACUGCUGCUGUAUCCAAUUGUCCACGUCAGCAUCAGCCACCCACCUUGGAUUUACUCUUUGAGCUGCUGAGAGAUGUUACCAAAACACCAGGACCAGGUUUUGGUAUCUAUGCAGUUGUUCAUCUUCUCCUCCCUGUGAUGUCUGUCUGGCUCCGCCGUAGCCAUAGAGAACAUUCUUACUGGGAUGUGGCCUCCGCUAAUUUCAAGCAUGCCAUUGGCUUGUCAUGUGAGCUGGUAGUGGAACACAUUCAAAGCUUUAUCCACUCAGAUAUCAGAUAUGAGAGCAUGAUCAACACCAUGCUGAAAGACCUCUUUGAAUUGCUGGUAGCAUGUGUGGCCAAGCCCACAGAAACCAUCUCCAGAGUUGGCUGCUCCUGUAUUAGGUAUGUCCUAGUGACAGCAGGCCCUGUAUUCACUGAAGAAAUGUGGCGGCUUGCCUGCUGCGCACUGCAAGAAGCUUUCUCUGCCACACUCAAACCAGUGAAGGAUCUACUGGGCUGCUUCCACAGCGGCACCGAGAGCUUCAGUGGAGAAGGAUGUCAGGUGAGGGUGGCUGCUCCCUCCUCUUCCCCCAGUGCUGAGGCAGAAUACUGGCGUAUCCGAGCCAUGGCUCAGCAGGUGUUUAUGUUGGAUACCCAGUGUUCACCAAAAACACCAAACAACUUUGAUCAUGCUCAGUCCUGUCAGCUCAUUAUUGAGCUUCCUCCUGAUGAGAAGCCAAAUGGACACACCAAGAAAAGUGUUUCUUUCAGAGAAAUUGUGGUGAGCUUAUUAUCUCAUCAAGUAUUACUGCAGAACUUAUAUGAUAUCUUGUUAGAAGAGUUUGUUAAAGGCCCCUCUCCUGGAGAGGAAAAGAUAGUCCAAGUGCCAGAAACCAAGCUGGCUGGCUUCCUCAGAUACAUAUCCAUGCAAAACUUGGCAGUCAUAUUUGACCUGCUGCUGGAUUCAUACAGGACAGCAAGAGAGUUUGACACCAGCCCUGGGUUGAAGUGCCUGCUGAAGAAAGUGUCUGGUAUUGGGGGUGCCGCCAACCUCUACCGCCAGUCUGCUAUGAGUUUCAACAUUUAUUUCCAUGCUUUGGUCUGUGCUGUUCUCACCAAUCAAGAAACCAUAACUGCUGAGCAAGUGAAGAAAGUCCUAUUUGAGGAUGAGGAGAGAAGCACGGAUUCAUCUCAACAGUGUUCCUCAGAAGAUGAAGACAUUUUUGAGGAGACUGCCCAGGUGAGCCCCCCAAGAGGCAAGGAGAAGAGGCAGUGGAGAGCCCGGAUGCCCUCACUAAGCGUCCAGCCCAUCAGCAAUGCAGAUUGGGUGUGGCUGGUCAAGAGGCUUCACAAGCUAUGUAUGGAGCUCUGUAAUAACUACAUCCAGAUGCACCUGGACCUGGAAAGCAGCAUGGAGGAAGCACCAAUCUUCAAGAGUGACCCAUUCUUUAUCCUUCCCUCCUUCCAGUCAGAGUCAUCUACCCCCUCCACUGGGGGGUUCUCAGGGAAAGGCACACCUUCUGAGGACGACCGAAGUCAGAUCCGGGAUCACUUGGGCGAAUCUCUGAGCCUGAGGGGGGGCAAUGGAGAAAUAUUGCUGCUACCCCUGAGCCCCAAGGUGGAGAAGAAGGAUCCCAGUCGAAAGAAAGAGUGGUGGGAGAACGCAGGCAACAGAAUCUACACCAUGGCAGCAGACAAGACCAUCUCAAAACUGAUGAGUGAAUACAAAAAAAGGAAACAGCAGCACAACCUACCUGCAUUUCCCAAAGAGGGAAAAAUGGAGAAGAAGGGAGAAACCCUGGGUCCCAGGGGCCCAGACUCCCCAAUGCUGCAGCGUCCUCAACACUUGAUAGAUCAAGGGCAAAUGAGGCAUUCCUUCAGUGCAGGCCCUGAGCUGCUGAGACAGGAGAAGAGGCCUCGCUCUGGCUCCACUGGCAGCACCCUGAGUGUCUCUGUGAGAGAUGCAGAAGCGCAGAUCCAGGCAUGGACCAACAUGGUGCUAACAGUUCUCAAUCAAAUUCAGAUCCUCCCAGACCAGACCUUCAUGGCCCUCCAACCUGCUGUGUUCCCAUGUAUCAGCCAGCUGACCUGUCAUGUGACUGACAUCAGAGUUCGCCAGGCUGUAAGAGAAUGGCUGGGCAGAGUGGGCCGUGUCUAUGACAUCAUUGUGUAGAAGACUCAACAGUGAUGAAAUACAAUAGAAAGGGUUAGAGUUUACCUGCUAACCCAACUGAUGAGAUUCUCCCCACCAUUAGCCCCAGUGAAACUAUCAGCUGCUCCCUAAACUCAUCAACAUUGGGGCUAUUCUGGAUACCAAAGGUGGUUGUAUCCAGAUAACAGAAAUGAUACUCUGAUUUUGCACAUUAUUUCAGAAGAGUCUGCGUUUCUUGACACAUUUCUAACUCUUGAAGUUUAUUUCUCAUUGCUUUUGUCCAGUGUUGUCCCAUCUGGGCCAUUUUCAAGACUACUGCAGUGAAAAUACUGCAUUCAUCCAUCUUUAUUUUUUAAGAAUGCAAUUGCUAAGGAAAUUUCAGUAAGUCACACACACAUACAUAUAUGUGUCAGGUUGUUGGGAAAGUUGUGAUGCAUUUUUUUCAUAGAAAAACAAAAAAAUAUGAAAUGAGUUUUCUGACACCCAAUUAAUACUCAGAGCUUAUACCAGAAAUUAUUCAUUGGAGACAGACUUGCAUUAUGAUUGUUUUUUGGUGGGCAAGAGCAAGCUAGAAAAGUAUGUUCUUAGGUGUCAUAAGAAAUGACUUCCUCUAUAAACAUUCUAGAACAUUUAAAAAUGAUUCCUAAGUUGCCAGGGUUUUCUAAUUGGUAUUCACCAAUAUCAUAUGAGGUACUGCACUGCUUGUAUUUCUCUCAAAAAGAAGAAAAUUCUUUCCUGGCAGGAUUUACAGUAUGUGGUAGCCUUUGAUGUAUCCAGUGAUAUUGGCUGAUACAGAUAUUGUCAAGAAAUGUUAAGAUUGACCAGCAACCCUGAAUGUCUCAUUAAUCUUUACUUUUGAUCCCAAGGCCAAAAAGGAAAGGGAAAGAGAGAAAGGGGAAAAAAAAAAAAAAAGGUGCCUUAGUCCCUUGUUGCACAAACAUUUCUACUCCAUAGUUAUCUGAAUGCAAGGUUGUAACAUUUGGUUUUUAGGAAACAAAACAAAGUGCAACACAUUUUAUAUCAAUGCCUUUGAUGAAAAGGAACUCAGAGAUCUCCACUCAGUGAGUAGAUUUCUCAGGGAAGGGUACAGGAGCUGUGGGUUAGGGUGACAACUGGAAGGGGUGGGAAAAAGAAAAAUAUGGUGAAAUCAUUUUUAAUCUUAAAAUAUACAGUAACCAGUAAAUUAUGGUAUAGGUUAUUUAAGCUCUAAUUUCGCAAGAAAGUUUAGGGGGAUACAGAAGAAGCCAGUAAUUUAAUUUUUUAAUGUAAAGUAUUUCUCCUGCCUGCCAAGUAAAUUUACCUUAGGUCUAAUAUAUUUUUGUUCCAGUUGAAGUACACACUUCUCUUCCUAGAUCUUACUAGAAAAUUAAUUUGGAAUCUUUAACUUUUUACUUACAGUGUAUUUUAUAUUUCAUAACUCAUAAUAAUUGCGAUGCAUCAAGUCUAUUAUAGGCAGUCUAGAGAUGACAGCUAAUUGCUGAAAUAUGCACUAUAAUUUUCCUAGUCCCUAAUAUUUAUUCAUAAAUAUGUCAUCCUUUAAAGAUAAUCAACUAUUUAGUGUUGGUAUUUGUAAGCUGUAUCUUUCUUUUAAAAUAUAGUUAUGUAAUAGUUACAUAUGUAACUAAAUUUUUAGGAAGACAGAUUGCUCUAAUAUAUUUAGGCAAUCUAAAAAGAACUUUAUGGCUUAGUAUAUCAUUUAGAGAUCUUACGGUCCAGAAAACUUUUUUUUUCAGUUCCACAAAACACUUUCUGCUUUCAGCUUUUAUUCAUUAGAUAAUAAUUCAAGUUUAUAAAUAGAUCUACUUGUUGAAUUGUUGGGAGAGCAGUCAGCUGUGCUCUAUACUUUUUGUAAGUGGAAUUGAAAGUCAGGUAGAUUUUUUUCAUUAACAAAAUCAGUACGUCAGGGUUAAUUGUAGCUUGAGGGUCAGUUUUCUUUUGUAAGUCUCUGAAUAUUUCAUAAUUUACUGGUGGCCAAAUUAAUUCAGGAAAGCAGAGUGUCAAAUCAAAGCAAUUAUAAAAGCCCUACAUGCAGUAACUCCUUUUUAAAAUACAAAAAAUUCAAUAAAAGCCAGUCUCAAUUUAUGAAGAAACUGCUCCAAAAGUUGAUCAUUUAAAAAUCAGAAUCCAUUCUUCAAACACUGCCAUGGAACAUGAGUCUCACAAAGAAAAGAGUGAAAGAAUUCAUAUGUAGGUUUACAACUAAUUACAAAUUUAGAAGAGUUUUGAUUCUGUCCAUCCUAUCUUCUGUGCUGCACUUCAGAUUUCAACUAGAAGAUUCACAGUAAUAUUCCUUACAGGUAUUUGCAGUUGUAAAAAAAAAAAACAAAAAAAAUAAUGACAUUGCUUGGUGCAAAUAAUUUCUUUUAAAUAUGACGCUGAACAGAUGAAGUCAGCUGAAUCUCCCCAACAAUGAAGGAGAGGAAAUAAGUAGAAACACUUGGUAGAUGAGUAGCCCCUGCCCAAGGUCAGUCCUUAUUUUUGCCUUUACCCAUCCCAGACCAAGGCUAAUGCAGCCUCUAUAGUUAGAACAAUUAUUAUCACAAACUUAGAUUUGCAACAUUGCUUUUAGUCACUUUUAUUAUUAUUUUGGUAAAUGCA